AUGGCUUCAGCAUGGUCAUUAAGCGCUGAGUUUUCUACUAUAAAUUCUUAUUCAGUGUGGUCCUAUGGUUAUAAACCACCCGGUUAUCAAGUUACUGGGUCGUUUGUUUUAUUUACGCACUUAACAUUGGACCCACAAGAUAGUGGAAUUAUCUUUUGGACCCCCCCUGAAGGCGGUCCAAGUUUAUCUUACAAUCUUAAUCCAAUAACUACCAUUUUAGAUGUUGGUAGUAGUAAGAUUAAAUAUCCAGCACAUAGUAUUAAUAUGCAUCCUUCUUGUGAUGGUAAAUUUUCUGUAGCGAGGUUUACUGCACCGGUAGACGGAAAUUAUGCUCUAAGCGUUAUAUUCACGCAUAUUGAUGACCAUGCAAAUUUCACGCAUACGGGAGGUUAUAUUGUAUAUAACAAUUUCCUGACACUUUGGGAAACAGACAUAUUUGGUAUUGGAGAUCUUAAGUCGUACGAGACAGCAAUUGCAGUCAGAAAAAAUGAGACUAUCGACUUCAUUAUAGGAAAUGGUCUAGACAAUGUGUGUUAUUAUGAUUCAACACUUACCAAUGUUGAAAUCCGCUUAUUGUCGAAUAAUCCAACAAUUGAACAAAAUCUUCUGCCCACUAUUUUAUUUGGAUUUAUUCUUGGCCUUUUUUGUUAUUAUCUUUCAUAUGUACUUUAUUCACGUUACAAAUAUUGGAAGAAUACUUCCAUCUACGAGCCAUUGCUAGCAAAUACAGUAGCACAUCCAUAA